AUGAAUGUGGGGUCACUGCAAGAUCCCCGGGGGCCAUGUGAGCAGGUGGCGAGCUCACAGAGCAGUGGGAGCCCAGCAGGUCCCGAGCAUGGUCACCCAAGGUCCCCAGGCGGGUCACGAGUGGUGGCUAUCCCUCCAUGUGGUUCAGUGUCACAUCUCCCAUUCGCAAUGGGCACACCAAGGGUCUGCUACAGUUUAAAGACAUCCACGACUCCAGGGCCUCCGUGUGCAUCGCCUCCAUCUCGUCCCACAGGUGCCUGCCGGUGCCCAUGUUCCCACAGGUUGGCUCUGAAACUCAGUUGUGCUGGUCUCAUCCUUCUUCUCUUGACCGUGGUUGGACUGAGUGUUUUAGUGCGAGUCUUAAUACAAAAGCCACCAGUAGGAAACUGCAGAGAGUAUAUUCAAGAGAACAUAACUGAACUAACAGGGAAUCCAGCUAAGCUACAGUGCCCAAAAGACUGGCUUCUACACCAAGAGAAAUGCAUACGUUUUUCUGGAGAUUCUAACAUUUGGAAGGAAGGUCGAUCUGACUGUGCUGCAAGAGGAGCCACUUUGCUGCUCAUUCAAGACCAAGAAGAACUGAGAUUCAUAAAGGAUUCGAUAGAGAAAAAAGGCAAUUCAUUUUGGAUUGGACUAAAUUACUCAUUGCCAGAGAAGCACUGGAGAUGGAUAAACGGCUCCACUUUAAGCUCUGAUGUAUUCCAAAUUACUGGUGAAGCUAAAACAAACAGCUGUGCCUCCAUCUCGAAGGACAAAGUGGUUUCUGAGGACUGUGCUUCAGACAACUAUUGGAUCUGCCAGAAGGAACCAAAACAUGUCUCUGAAACCAGGUUUAAUGACUCCUGA